CGUCAACUAGGGUAUGAGAAAUCAAAUUGGGUUGGGGGACCAUACCUAAAAAUCAUGCAGAGGUCACGUGUCAACCAUCAUCUGAAAUCGGAUAACGCAUUCUUCUUCUUCAGUCCCUAGCAAUAUCUCUAUUACUGUACCUAGCAAUAAGUACUGAAAGUGCUACUCUCUUCUGCUUAAUCAAAAACCCAGAUAAUACUAACUGAAUUCAUCGCCCCGCUCAUAUUUUACUAUUGAUCCAGUCAUCCAGAAAUCUCAAGCUGCUACCUUGUGUAAUUUACAAGAAUGGCGACUCUUUCCAUUUCACCAACAGUUGGAACAACUUUUCCUUGCCCCCAUAGCUACCCACCUGGUUCCUCUUCGUACACUUCUUCUUCAACUUUGUCGCUAACAUUGUCAGCAAGCAGUUCAGGAUUUUUAAAUUCAACUUUCAAGAACAAUGAAAUUCGUGCUCCUAUGAAGAAAAUUGGGACAAGAUCGUUUGGGAUUCGUAUGUCCUGGGAUGGUCCACUAUCUUCCGUCAAACUCAUCCUCCAAGGCAAAAACCUUGAGUUAACGCCUGCUGUGAGGAGCUAUGUGGAAGAGAAGUUGGGUAAGGCAGUUCAAAAGCAUAGCUAUCUAGUCAGGGAAGUCGAUGUUAGGCUGUCUGUUCGAGGUGGAGAGCUAGGAAAAGGGCCAAAGAUUCGAAGAUGUGAAGUUACUUUAUUCACGAAGAAGCAUGGAGUGGUUCGUGCAGAGGAAGAUGCGGAGUCGGUCUAUGGAAGUAUAGAUAUGGUAUCAUCAAUUAUACAGCGAAAAUUGCGGAAAAUUAAGGAGAAGGAUUCAGACCAUGGCAGGCAUAUGAAGGGCUUCGACAGGCUGAAGGUCAGGGACCCAGAAUUGCUGGCAGUUCAAGAGGAUUUGGGGACACUUCCCCAAGAGGAGGAAGUUGAAGAUGAAGAAAGCGAGGGCUUUGUUACUGAGAUUGUUCGUGAGAAGCUCUUUGAUAUGCCACCUUUAACUGUCACUGAAGCAAUUGAACAGAUGGAAAACGUCGACCAUGACUUUUAUGGUUUUCGGAAUGAGGAAACUGGUGAGAUUAACAUUGUUUACAGAAGAAAAGCAGGGGGUUAUGGACUUAUUAUUCCCAAGGAAGAUGGUAAGACAAAGUUAGAGCCUGUGGAGGUUGAACUAGAGAAAGAAACGACGAUGGCAGAAUAGAAGGAAUUGAUGAGAAGUGAUGACAGAGUACAUUUACUUUGCAUUACGGUCACUUUUGGAGUCAAAGAGAGAAGGUUUUCUGCUUGAGGAUGUUUUUGCACCUGUAACAUACUUACGGGUCUACUAAUGUUCAGAAACAGCAAAUGUUAAUUGAGACAAGGCCAAUAUCGCAAAAGGAGCUUCUACAUGAAUGUAGAUGUUUCAACCUUUAAGAUUUCUGUAAAGAUUGUAGUUAUAAUUGAAAAAGAAAAAGAAAAUGUAUGCACAUGUUCCUGGACUAAAUUUACAUCCUAGUAUGUGUGUCUUGGAUCCGUUGGCAGGAGCCAGAACACUUAUCUUGCAAACUUAUGUGUUCUUGAAAUGUUUCGUGUGA